AUGGGUCUAAGUUUACAUCAGUACAUAAAGAGGAUCUGGGAUUUGAGCCCAUGCGACAAAGACUCAGACGAAAUCCCUUCAGGGGAUUUCAAGCUCUGUGACCUUAGACGGGGAGGGAGAAAGAGUAGCAUGAUUAUCCCAGGUGAAAGAGGUCCACCACCCAAAACUGGGAGCGUCAUGAAGAAGAGCGAUAUAAAGGUGAGAGCAGUUAUGGUCUGUCGAGCUAUGGAAGGAUGGAUGUCGAAUCUCACCUCACUGACCAAUCCAAGCUUAAGAUGGGAAGACAAGAACUGCAAGAUAACGGAUCUAGGACUCCCAAAUGGUCAGAGGAAGGAGUGGAAGUGUCCCCGGAACGAUCAUCUGGAAAAUUGGCAGGCCUUCGAUAGCAACACUCCUUUAUAUCUGCAACAAGAGAGGCAAUGUACAUUUCGGGCUUGUAUAGAUCUGAUGACUAUAUUCCUUAAUAUCUAUAGUGAGUAUAAUAGUUCAAAACUAAAGCAGGCGCAGAAGGACGGAACGAAAAUAUGUCAAGAGAUAAGUGACACUCUAAGAGCUUGGGGACAGGAGAAAGUAGCUGAGUGGAUAAUGGAAGAGUGGUUUAUAAAUCAGGUAGACGGAACCACUAAGCAGUACAUAAGAAUGAAAGAUGGACACCCCUUAAGUCAGGAACUAAGUAUCUUACUGAGCAACAUGGGAUUCCCUAUCGUAGGAGUACAGUGUAGUAAACAGACAACCGGACAGUCGCAAUAUCAGGACAGCUGCGUGUAUACGAAGCCAGGGGAUUGUGAAGUAAUGGGGGGGGAUGAAGAUGCCGAGUCAGGUAGCGGAGCCCAAGGUCUAAUAAGCCAGAAGAUUAUAGAAGAAGUGGAAGAAAACGAGAAGGAAAAAAAUUCCCAAGAGGAAAUAACCAGGCAGACACAAGUCUUUACGGAGAAGACCCAGAAGGAAGCCAAGGCAAUCAAGGAGGAGUUAGGAAAUAGUGAGAGAUUCCUUAAUGUAUUUCUGCCUGUCUUGGGAACAAUAUUACCUAUUCUGGGCCUUGGCAUUUUCCUAUACAGGAGAAGGCGAACUAAAAACAGAAUUACCAACUCCCAAAAAGGAGGAGUCUCUACAGACAAGAGGCAAGCAGUCGCGGCCCGAUCCAAGAGGGGAGUAAUUACGUAUAGAGCAAAUCGUAUCGCAACAGACAACGAAUCAGAAAACACCGGCUAA